AACAACUCUGCUUUCGCCGCCUCCAACGGCGGACUUCUCCAUUCUUCCUCCAUUGAUAUACGCUUCAUCCAUAUACGAUUUCUUCAAUUCCUUACCUCUCUCUAACAUUCUAAACUUCCUUCUUCUUACAAUGGCUUUGGCACCUUCCACCACCUUGCUUUCAAAGCCUUUCUUCUCUACCAAACCCUCAUUAUCGUCAACAACAACUCCACUUGUUAACCUUCCGACAACAUACCGAAAAACUCGGGCGCCAUUGGUUGUUCGGAGCUCCAUUGCGGUUGCUCAGUCUCCGUCCGUUUCUUCGACGAAAUCGUCGACUGUGAAAUCAGUGAAGGCGAGGCAGAUCAUUGACAGUAGGGGAAAUCCGACGGUGGAGGUUGAUCUUGUUACUGAUGAACUUUACCGAUCUGCUGUUCCGAGUGGAGCAUCCACCGGAAUUUACGAGGCGUUGGAGCUUAGAGAUGGUGAUAAGAACGUCUACGGUGGGAAAGGUGUUCUUACUGCUGUUAAGAAUAUCAAUGAAAUAUUGGGACCGAAGCUUGUCGGUGUUGAUGUCAGGAAUCAAGCUGACUUUGAUGCGAUCAUGCUAGAGAUUGAUGGAACUCCAAAUAAGUCUAAACUUGGAGCUAAUGCAAUACUUGGAGUAUCCCUUAGUGUAUGUAGAGCUGGUGCAGGAGCGAAAGGUAUACCCCUGUACAAGCACAUUCAGGAGAUUUCAGGAACGAAAGAGCUUGUUAUGCCAGUUCCAGCAUUCAAUGUGAUAAAUGGAGGUAGCCAUGCUGGAAAUAAUCUAGCCAUGCAAGAAUUCAUGAUUCUUCCAGUGGGUGCAACUUCAUUUGCUGAGGCUCUGCGAAUGGGUAGUGAAGUUUAUCACACUCUGAAGGGAAUCAUCAAAGCAAAGUAUGGACAAGAUGCAUGCAAUGUUGGAGAUGAAGGUGGAUUUGCUCCCAAUGUCCAGGAUAAUAGGGAAGGACUUGUGUUGCUCAUUGAUGCAAUUGAAAAGGCUGGUUAUACUGGCAAGAUAAAAAUAGGAAUGGAUGUUGCCGCUUCUGAGUUCUUAACAAAAGAUGGCAAAUAUGAUCUCAAUUUCAAGAAACAGCCAAAUGAUGGAGCUCAUGUUCUCUCAGCUCCAAGUCUUGGUGAUUUAUAUAGAGAAUUUGUUAGAGAUUUUCCAAUAGUUUCAAUUGAAGACCCCUUUGACCAAGAUGAUUGGACCUCGUGGACUUCACUACAGUCUUCUGUUGACAUCCAACUGGUUGGGGAUGACUUGUUGGUCACAAAUCCAAAGAGGAUCGCUGAAGGUAUUCAGAAAAAGGCCUGCAAUGCUCUGCUACUGAAGGUUAACCAGAUAGGUACAGUAACUGAAUCUAUUCAAGCUGCACUUGACUCAAAAGCUGCGGGAUGGGGUGUGAUGGUUAGCCACCGUAGUGGUGAAACAGAGGAUAACUUCAUUGCAGAUCUUUCAGUUGGUUUGGCUAGCGGACAGAUCAAGACGGGUGCUCCUUGCCGAAGUGAGCGAUUGGCCAAGUAUAACCAGCUUCUGCGCAUUGAAGAGGAACUUGGAAAUGUCCGCUAUGCAGGUGAAGCAUUCAGAUCGCCAUGAUCAAACAAAAACAUCAACUCAAAAUAAAAAAACCAUGCAAAAUUGCCAACAGGCUCUGCAAAGGGAACUUUUGUUUUGUAAGCUUCUACCAUUUUCGAAAGUAACAAAAUUUUACCGAGUGUUGUAGGCAUUGUGAAUUAGAACCGAACAAUAGAAGAAUCGACUGUCGUUUUUGAAUAAAGCAUUUUUUUGCAUGUUAUGUAUGCUUUGAAUCU